AUGGCAGCGCAAACAGCAGACACCCUUCCCAAGAUGCCAUAUGUGCGUCUCGGGAACAGUGGCUUAAAGGUAUCGCGCUUGAUCUUGGGGUGUGCUUCGUACGGGACCAAAAGCGAUGUCGCAUGGAGAAUUGAGGAAGCAGAAGCCCUUACACAUUUGAAGGAAAGCAUCACAAAUCUCUAUCCGUGCGAGGAAAUUCUCGGGAAGUUCGUUCAGACUGUUCCUCGCGAGUCCGUCGUGAUCAUGACCAAGGGGAACAAUCGCAAGCACAUCUUCGACAACGUCAAGGCAGCAUUGAAGAGACUACAAACAGACUACAUUGACGUCCUACAACUCCAUCGCUUCGAUUACGAAACUCCCAUCGAGGAGACCAUGAGAGCCCUGCACGACGUGGUUCAAGCAGGCUACGUUCGCUACAUUGGCAUGAGCAGCUGUUGGGCAUGGCAGUUCCAUGCAAUGCAAAUCUAUGCUCUCAACAAUGGCCUCACCCCUUUUGUCAACUGCCAAAAUUUCUACAACUUGCUGUAUCGAGAAGAAGAGCGCGAGAUGAUGCCCUUGCUCAAGUAUCUAGGAGCUGGCUCCACUCCAUGGAGCCCCAUGGCAAAGGGCCACCUGACUCGUCCACUUUCCAGGACAUACGAAACCGUGCGGUCGACAUCCGAUCUGUAUCACGAUGAAGCGAUAACAAACGAAGAGUGGGAGAAAGAGAUCAACCGGCGAGUGGAAAAGCUAUCCAUUCGACGUGGACUUUCCAUGGCGCAGGUCGCUUUGGCGUGGGUGCUGCACAAAGACUGCGUGUGUGCACCGAUAGUGGGAAUAACCAAGCUCGAACGGUUCGACGAGAUCGUGAAAACACUGGAGGUCAAGCUAGAUGACGACGAGAUCAAAUUCCUGGAAGAGCCAUAUCACGCUCGACAUUCUGUCGGCUUCAUUUGA